CGAAAAUCCAGCCGAACCCUCGAUCGGAGAAAAAACGAUUUCGACUGCAAUAAUCGGAGAGAAAGUACUAGCUCUCGAUAAGCGAUCGGAGAGAAAAUCCACGUGAAACCACGUUUUUUUUUUUUUCGUAGAGAGAUUCGACGACCCACCACUUCGACUUCAACUGAUGCGAUUUGAGCCGAUCUAUACCCCGAUUGCUACUUCUGACCCGAAGUACCGGUGUCUUAUGAUUUGGACUCCAAGGAGGACGGUUGCAACUUCCGAAAUUUCCAGGCGACUCUUCAUUUCGUUUCAACAAGAUCUUCUAAGGAUGCUUCUCUCUGAACUGGAAUCGGCAAAGAACCGAAGAUCUAUCAAACCAACAACCCAUUUCCCUAGAAGAAUCUGAAAAUCUAAAUUCACUCUCAAACUCGCCCCUUUUCUCGAAUUGACGGUUACCCAUAUGCCCCACCUAGUUGAAUCGUCGUCAUCAUCAUCAGAGUGCUAUAAUUCUCAUUACCAUAAAGUGAAAAAACUAAAACCAGGACCACGAUCUUCGUCAUGGGAGCUGAGAAGAAAUGGCUCUUCACCCUCUUCUCUGCCGUUUUCCUUUCUCUUCUCCUUCUCUUAUUCUCUUCCAUUUCUGCCUUCAGUUCUCCGCGAUCCAUUCCCUCAAUAGUUCAUCAUGGAGCUCCAUAUCCUCCUUCUUUUGCCUAUUACAUUUCUGGUGACCGCGGUGACAAGGACCGAAUUUUCAGGCUGUUGCUUGCUGUCUACCACCCCAGAAACCGGUACCUUCUGCAUCUUGCAGCUGAUGCUUCCAACGACGAGCGGCUGCAGCUUGCUGUAGCAGUGAAGUCAGUGCCAGCUAUCCGUGCCUUUGAAAACGUUGACAUUGUUGGAAAGCCCAAUCGAAUCAGCUAUAUGGGGUCAUCUAACAUUGCCACGAUUCUUCAUGCUGCUGCGAUUCUUCUCAAAAUUGAGAGCGGUUGGGACUGGUUUAUCACUUUGAGUGCCAGGGAUUACCCACUGAUCAGUCAGGAUGAUCUAUCACAUGUCUUCUCAUCUGUUAGUAGGGAUCUCAAUUUCAUAGAUCACACAAGCGACCUUGGGUGGAAAGAAGGUCAGAGGGUUCAGCCAAUUGUAGUUGAUCCAGGGUUGUAUUUGGCAAGGAGAACUCAAAUAUUUCAUGCUACUGAGAAGCGGCCAACGCCAGAUGCUUUCAAAAUUUUCACGGGUUCCCCUUGGUUUGUCCUCAGUCGAUCGUUUCUUGAAUUCUGCGUUCUUGGGUGGGAUAACCUUCCGCGGGUGCUUCUUAUGUAUUUUAACAACAUCGUAUUAUCAGAAGAAGGAUACUUUCACUCUGUCAUUUGCAAUUCAAAUGAGUUCAAGAAUAAAACUGUCAAUAGUGAUCUAAGAUUUAUGAUCUGGGAUGAUCCUCCAAAGAUGGAACCACUUUUCCUCAAUGGAUCAAACUUCAAUGACAUGGCUGAAAGCGGAGCUGCAUUUGCUCGAAAAUUUCAUAAAGAUGACUCUGUGCUGGACAUGGUCGAUCAAAAAAUCUUGAAGCGAGGUCGUAACCGACUUCUUCCUGGAGCAUGGUGCUCGGGUCGGAAGAGCUGGUUGAUGGAUCCCUGCUCACAAUGGAGUGAUGUCAAUAUCUUGAAGCCUGGAUCUCAAGCUAAGAAGUUUGAAGAGUCCAUGAAGAACCUUCUUGACGACUGGAAGACUCAAUCGAAUCAAUGCCAAUGAAAGCCAACACAAUGGAAAGAUUGACCCAAGGCUUGAUUCACUCGCAAAGCAAACAGGAUUUGGAAGCCGACCAAAAUUUGGAAAAUUCUGAAACUGCCCAGGAUAUGAAGUUCUGUAAGUGAAUGUAAAGAAGUUCCUAAUUCUUGUAUUGAAUCAUUGCUUGAAAACUGCCCAGGACGUGAAGUUCUGUAAGUGAAUGUAAAAGAGUUGCUAA